GGAGACAAGACAAGGUGGUGUUUGAAUUAUUUAAAAGAAAACGGCAAUCAUCAAUCAGUCCGGAACUUUUGUUUGAAAACAAGAGAGAGACCUCACGAAAUUGAUACAGAGAAGCCGAAAGCAAACAGGGAGAAGAGAUGCAUGCGUUGCAAAAGAGAGACAAUGCUUACUAUGAUGAGGAGUUGCUUGCAGUUGUGGAGUGAGACGCAGUAAUUGCGGUAAUAGUAAAAUUAAAAAAAAAAAAACGCUGGAUCAAAUCAGAAAAGGACUCUUCACAACAACGCAGAAGACACUCGCCUUAAACUCUGCCCUCUCCACCUCCUUUCACGUCAAGUUGACCUUCCCGAUUUUUCACCUCUUCUUCUCCUUGGUCGAGAAAUCUUAAAGAUCACUCCUUCUUUUUUAGUUUUUCCCAAACUCAAUUCAAUACAGGUUAAUUUGUUUUUUUUAUUAAAACUUGAAAGUUAGCUAGCCAUUUAUGUCGGAUUGAUGAGCGAUGCAGAGAUCACGUAGAGCUUUUCUUGAAAGAAGAGCUUUGGAGAAGGAUAUUCGUGGAAAGAAUCAAUUCUACAAGGUUUCUUUGUCUUUGGUUUUUGUUUUGUGGGGGCUUGUCUUUCUCUUGAGUAUAUGGAUCAGUCAUGGCGAUGGUUAUACAGAUGGGUCUGGAGACCUUCCAGUUAGCGUAUCCACUUGGAAUGAAGCAACAGCCGAACCCAGCAAAUGCUCUGUUUCUGUAGAUAAAAAUCAAUCAAAAGAAACUUGUCCUGUUUGUUCUGAUGAGAGCUCGUGUAUAGAUAGUGCUGAAACCCGAGGUUCCAGUGACACAUUGCUUAUUAGUGAAGGAAACACAAAUGAUGCCUUUGCUGUUGAGCAAUCUGAGGUAGAUUCUGGUUCAGCUGUGAAGUCUGAAAAUAAUGCUCAAAAGACUGAUCGACCAUCUCGUGUUGUGCCCCUCGGUCUUGAUGAAUUCAAAAGUAGAGCAUUUAGCUCUAAAAGUAAACCUGGAACUGGUCAAGUUGGAGGUGUAAUUCAUAGGAUGGAGCCUGGAGGUAAAGAAUACAACUAUGCUUCAGCUUCCAAAGGAGCCAAGGUUUUGGCUUUCAAUAAGGAAGCAAAGGGGGCCUCCAAUAUCUUAGUCGGAGACAAGGAUAAGUACCUUCGGAAUCCAUGCUCCGCAGAGGAGAAAUUUGUUGUAAUAGAACUGUCAGAAGAAACACUGGUAGAUACUAUUGAAAUAGCAAAUUUUGAGCAUUAUUCUUCUAACUUGAAACAUUUUGAGCUGCUUGGAAGCUUGGUUUAUCCAACAGGUGACUGGGUGAAGCUUGGGAAUUUUACAGCUGCAAAUGUUAAGCAUGCUCAGAGGUUUACUCUUCAGGUGCUGAUAGGGGUGAGAUAUCUAAGGUUGAAUCUUCUGAGCCAUUAUGGUUCAGAAUUUUAUUGUACGUUAAGUGUUAUUGAAAUUUAUGGAGUGGAUGCUGUCGAGCAAAUGCUGGAGGAUAUGAUCUCUGAUCAAGAUAAUUUAUUUGGAUAUGAGGUGGGAGCUGGUGAGCAGAAACCACCAUCAUCCCAACUAGAGUCCACUCAGGAUGAUGAUACUUAUACAGACUUGUACAGUGAUAUGGAAGACUCUUCAGUGGAAAACUCAAAUGCAAAGAAUGAAGUUGUGAAAAAUAAAUUGCCAGAUCCAGUUGAAGAAGUUCGGCAUCAACAAGUUGGCAGGAUGCCUGGGGACUCUGUUCUCAAAAUAUUGAUGCAAAAAGUUCGUUCUCUGGACUUGAGUUUAUCCAUUUUGGAGCGAUACCUUGAGGAAGUGAAUUCUAAAUACGGCAAUAUUUUCAAAGAAAUUGACAAGGAUUUAGGAGAGAAAGAUAUACUUUUAGAGAAGAUGAGAUCAGAUGUAAAGAGUCUCCACAGCAGCCAGGAUCUCAUUGCCAAAGAUGUUAAUGAUCUUAUUUCUUGGAAAUCCCUUGCUUCCACACAGUUGGACGGACUCCUCAGGGAUAAUUUGAUUCUCAGAUCAAAGAUUGAAAGGGUUCUAGAGAUUCAGAAAUCUAUGGAGAAUAAGGGUAUAGCAGUGUUUCUUAUAUGUUUAAUUUUUGGGAUUUUGGCUUUUGUGAGGCUAUUUGUAGAUUUGUUGUUGAGUGUUUAUAUGGCAUUUAAUGUUCAAGGAACAGAGUCCAGGAAAUUUUGUUGGACAGGCUCUUCCUGGCACUUCUUACUAUUGAGCUGUACCGUUAUUAUUUUGGUAAUAUCAUUAUAAUUUUGGUACAACA